GGAUAGGCUCCGGACCCCCCGCGACCCAAAAGGAUAAGCGGUUUGGAAAAUGGAUGGAUGGAUGUUUCGAUCACAUUUUCUAUCGCCCUUUGAAACGUUCUCACCUAAGUAGUUAAAACCUGGUGGAUUUAGAACCCCAGAGAACUUAAUAUUAUGUCAAACUACAUGACACUUUAUAUGUUUCAAGAAGUAUGUUAUAUUUCAUAUGUUACAAUGUUAUAUUUUAAUAAUUGCUGAUGUGGCUUUCAUUGUUACAUUUGUCAAAAAGAAUGUGUCCACGUUAUUAACUCAGUAAAAUAUCCAUUGUAAUCAUAAAUCAAGACAAAAAGAUAUAAGCUACAUUUUUGUUCUCUACGCCUUUUGAAAGCAAAUUAUAGCUGCAAAUAGAGUGUUCGAGACAACAUACCACAGCCCGUGUUCACACAGACCAGCACCACUAGCCCGUGAGACUAAGGAAGGCCGAAACUACACACCCCACAAUGCAAUGCGAUCGUUUCCACGCAGGCACCUUUUCCGUGUUUUGAUCGUCCAAAUGUGUCGUUUAUUCCUGUGAGUGAUUGUUGGUGUCAGUUCUUCAUUGAUGGUUUAUCGAGGUUAAUUGCGCGGCAGUAAUUUGCGGUCGCGAUGCGCCCGCCACGUAGGCUGGCGCUGAGGACCCUGGGCCUCCGAAGAUCCCACUCCUGCCCCAACGCCUCCACCCUGGACUUCGUUCCGGCCAGUUCCCCCAUCAGCUCAGUGGCCCUGGAGCGAAUGCAGGACUUCAUUUCCCGGUCAAAGAGGCUGUUUGUGAUCACGGGUGCGGGGCUGUCCACCGAAUCCGGCAUCCCGGACUACCGCUCAGAAGGGGUGGGGCUGUACGCCCGCACGGACCGCCGACCCAUCCAGCACGCAGAGUUUGUGCGAAGCGCUAGUGCCCGUCAGCGCUACUGGGCACGCAACUACGUGGGCUGGCCUCAGUUCUCGUCCCGGCUACCUAAUGCUGCACACCUGGCCUUGAGUGGCUGGGAGGCACGGGGGAAACUGCACUGGCUUGUCACACAGAACGUGGACGCCCUGCACUCCAAAGCCGGCCAACGGAGGCUCACCGAGCUGCACGGCUGCGCACACAGGGUGGUAUGUUUAGGCUGUGGCGCACUCUCUUCCCGGCAGGCCCUGCAGACCCGCUUGGGGGCUUUAAACCCGGGAUGGGCGGCGGAGGCGGGGGGCGUGGCUCCGGACGGGGACGUCUUCCUGACCGACGAGCAGGUGCAGCACUUCCGUGUGCCGUCGUGCGAGGCCUGCGGCGAUACGCUGAAGCCUGACGUCACCUUCUUUGGGGACACGGUUCACCGAGACACGGUGGGCUUCGUCCACGAGAGGCUCGCAGAAUCGGACGGGGUGCUGGUGGCCGGAUCAUCACUGCAGGUCUACUCCGGAUACCGCUUCCUGCUGGCCGCCAGAGAGAGGGAAAUCCCAGUGGCCAUCCUGAACAUUGGCGCCACCAGGGCGGAUCACCUGUCUGCACUGCGCGUGAAUGCCCGCUGUGGGGAGGUCCUGCCCGCCAUCCUGCCGCUCUGACAGCAGGGGGCAAUGUUGCUAACCCUCUAGUGCAGCGUUUCUUAAUCCCUGUGGACCCACAGGCAGUCCACUGGGAGCUGGGCAGGAGCAAAAAUGUGGACUGUCUGGUAGGGUGCUUGGCGAGAACAAUAACAUGGACUGAAUGUGGGUCCCCAAGAACUGGAUUUGGAAAAACGACUCUAGUGGAACUGAGGCCGGUGGAAACAGAAACCACUGUUACAGUUAACUAACUGACACGGUGCCUGGUGCCAGUGGGCAAGAGAUGGGACAGUCAUGCUGAGGUGAUGAAUGACUGUUUUCGGGAUAAAGACUGACAGGGGAAUGAGGGUAACGGUCCUCAAGCCGGCAGGCUCCCGACUCGCCAGCGCUUCACAUGCACCCUGUCGCACACGUGUCCCCUGGGGGCCUCUGUGUUUACUGUAGCUGGUCUGAUUAUUAGUUAUCUAGUAAUAUUUAUGCUAAGCACUUUAUUCCUGAAUGCAAGGCUCAUCAGGCUGCAGUGAUCAGAAAUACUGCAUGAUUAAACACAAUCAGAUGUAGUCAAA